UCGCCCCUUUUAACAUCGUGUUGUAGAAGAAAGAAGAUGGAAGAAGUCUAUGACUAUUCUCGGCAUACAUAUUGUAUGCAUAUCGAUUUGGGCUAUGACUUCACCAUCUCUGGAGCGGUAGCCAUUAAUAGACCUGACAGGAUUGUUGAAAGGUCUGAAAACAAAUACCGCACCUCAAUUUUAUAUGACACUACCACCAGAAAUGUCAUUGCCAGAGGAAACAAGGCCGAUGAAGCGAAUGAGGAUCCGAAAGGGCUCCAAGAAGGCGUUAUUUAUGUACGCAACACCUUAAGCGAGCUUGCUGACAUUUAUUUAAAAUCAAAGCAACAAUCCUUCGACACUACGGCACUGUACGCGGUCUUGUACGAGGAAGCUAUAGAUCUGUUACAAAAAAUACGGCAUGAUUGUAAACAAAAAUUGAAUAGUGUAAAUAUGGAUUUUUGCUAUUCUUUGAAUCUUCCAACCAGUUGGGGUUAUGAAAUAAGAGAAGAAUUGUUCCUGCCUCUAUUCGUAAAAGCUGGUCUUCUUCAUGAAAAUGAUGGUCCGGGCAGGCUGCUGUUUUUUUCGAUGUUAGAGUUGAAUUUUCAGAGCAUGAAAAUGCAAGGAUACAGUCGUAGAACUAGAGACAUAAAGUAUGGUGAUCAGAGCGUUAUGUGUACAAUAGAUUAUCAAGGUACAUACUUUGUGGAUUUGGAAUUGGUAUCAGCUCAAUAUCCUGCUUUCAGAUUAGCAAAAGAAGACUUGGUGCCACAGUUGUUGAAACAAGCUCAUUUUGUAAUCCCGUUUGGACUAAAGGAACUACGGUUGUCAUUCAUAGCAUGUGUGGAAAAGCAUUGUGAUACUACGUUCUCAUCAGAAUCUAUCGACGACAUGCUUACAGAACUCAGUCAAGAGUACGAAGGAUUUAAUGAUUUCGAAGAUAUAAGAUUUUUUUUAAAUGAGCAACCAUUGCGAGACUUAAAAUCUCGCUUGACGAAUGACUCAAUCACUUUAGAGGACAUACUUGAACAUUUUUUUGGUCAUGCAGAAAAAUUCUUUAGAAAUGAAGUAGAUGAACUUCUUGUAGGCACGGGCAAUAUAGCACCCAGGCUAUUGGACAUUUUUUACACAAGUCGAAUCCCGAAAACAUUUUUAUCCGUGGGGAUAAUAUUAUCGGCUGAUUGUUGUUCGAAAAAGUAUUUCAGGGAACUAAAAGAAUCCGUGGAAAUCGGUUAUAAUUCCCCCAUAUUCGAAUUCUUUAACUAUGAUAACCGACAAUAUGCAAUUGAAAAGCUUUUAGAAAACCGAAUGAAAGAAUUUAACGUGCGCAGAAACCCAGUUAUACUACCCAAAGAAACAACAAUGGAAGAACCCAAAAGUUGCUUAAAACCUAUUAUCUUCAUCAAUAUCGGUAAAUUGACUCCUUAGUAGUAUCAACUUCGUAUUAACCUAACCUAUUUUGAAACCAAACAGACAUAUCGCCUACACAAAUCCAGACUGUUUAUACAUACCUAGAUAAAGAUAGACAACUUGGACAGAAGCAAAAUAUCGAAUGUGAUAUGCAACCAUUGAAUUGUUUCAUCAAGCAAUCAGAAAUAUAUCAAAGACCAGUACUACAGAUACCGUUUAGACUGAAGUUAGGUUUAGAAAAGAUUUUUGGUUACUAUCUCAAAAUUUAUUCAAAUCACAAAAGACGAAGUAUGAUAAGAAGAAUACUAGUGAACUCGACACCCAAAUUACUUAACAAGGCUUUCCAAAACAUGCGGAAGAGAAGAACUUUAAGCGGUGAUGGAAGGAUAAAAUCAAGUAAAAAAAUUCAGCAAAAGGAAAUCAGAA